AAUAAAAACGCAGCUCUCGUUUUAUGUAGGCUGCAGCCUAUAAAAACGGCAUCUUCCUCCUCGUUUUCAGUCUUCACACGAACCCCAUGGCAUGUCAGCUUUAACAUGCUAUUGAAGUUGGCUGGUUAAACUAAUCUGAAAAAAUAAAAGUAGGGACAAUGCAACCCGAAUCUUUAUUGCUGGGUGCUGGAACUUCCAUGGCCGUCACUUCGCAUUGGAAAUCGAAUGAGAUGCUCAACUGGUCUGUGGUUACCCAGGGAAACGCCACGGCGCUUGGUGAUAUGGAGAUGCCUGGGAACUCGCGUUCGCAUUAUGGACAAUUCUCUCCGUCUACCUCCGUGUUCUUGGCUGUGCUCAUGACGCUUCUUGUCUUCGCCACUGUGCUAGGCAACGCGCUUGUAAUACUAGCCUUUGCGGUGGAGAAAAGUUUGCGAACUCAAGGGAACUUUUUCUUUUUGAAUUUGGCCAUAGCCGAUUUACUCGUUGGAGGUUUUUGUAUUCCGGUUUAUAUCCCCUAUGUCAUUACCGGCGAGUGGAGACUCGGACGAGGUCUUUGCAAGAUAUGGCUGGUGGUGGACUAUACUUUAUGCACUGCAUCAGUGUUCAACAUCGUCCUGAUCAGCUUCGACAGAUUUAUAUCUGUCACACAAGCGGUGAGCUACAGGUGUCAGAAAGGUGUGACCCGGGAGGCUGUUCUGAAGAUGAUGAGUGUGUGGCUGGCUGCUUUCCUACUCUAUGGGCCAGCGAUCAUUAUCUGGGAGUACAUUGCUGGUAGUAGCGUGGUGCCCGACAAAGAGUGCCACGCUGAGUUUUACUUCAACUGGUAUUUCUUGAUGACAGCAUCCACUGUAGAGUUUUUCACCCCCUUUGUUACUGUCAUGUACUUCAAUAUCAGCAUCUACAUCAACAUCAGGAGGCGGAACCAGGUGAGAGAUGAGCAGCCUGUCGAGGGGCCUGGGGACUGUGAGAUGGAGGCCCUCAAAGCUGGAGUUCAGCAUGUAUUCUUCGUCAGACCAGUGGAAGGUGAAGCCCAAAGGAUCCCAGACAAUGCUGCCAGGUUAGGAGGUAUUCUAUCUACUGCUAAAGUGUCAGCAGUAACUGGGAACAGCAACCAUGAGACAAGUAAGGAUGGCACGAUUCUGGACCUUCCUCCACUGCAAGUGGGCGAUGUGGUCCAGCAUUCCAGGAGGACGCGGUUCCAGUCAGCGGAGCACUCGUUCAGUAAACAGUGCAGCCGAUCUGAAGUAGCUGCCAGUCGUUUUCGCCUCUCAAAGGACAAGAAGGUUGCCAAGUCCCUGGCAGUGAUUGUGUGUGUGUUUGGCCUGUGCUGGGCUCCCUACACACUGUUAAUGAUCAUCCGUGCAGCGUGCCAUGCCCAAUGUGUCCAGCACUACCUGUAUGAAAUCUCCUUCUGGCUACUGUGGGUCAACUCCUCCAUCAACCCUGUCCUUUACCCGCUGUGUCAUACCAGCUUCAGAAAGGCUUUCAGAAAACUGCUUUGUACCACCAAGAUUAAAAUUCAGCCACAGUAUAUGGAACAAAUGUAUUAAGCAUGACCAAAUUGCACUGACAACUAUGGCCUUCUUCUGACAGUUUUUAUUUAUUUUUUAAAAUCAGUUGUCUCAUGAUAUCAGUGUAGGUGGACAAGUCGUAUGAGUGUUGCACAACACUGGGUACAGAUGGUCACCAUGAAUAUUGUUUUGUAUUUCUGUGUAGCAUGUGGUUGUUUGCAGAUCUUACACAGUAUUAGUUAUCGUUACAACAAAUGUAAUGUCUGUUUUCUGUUGAACAAUAAA